AUGAGCGUAAGUUCGAAUCGGGCUUCUAAUUGCGCCCGUCGUUUGGUGCAAGAAAAAUUGUGCAAUUUGUUGUUCAAUAACAAUCAAAAAUGUAUUACGGUGAAAAGACAUUUCGGUUCAUCUUUAUUACCGCAAACAACAUCCAAUUCAUUUAUGAAGAUUUAUCAAGGCAACAAUAAAUUUGGAACUUUUAUUAACAGCAUCCGACAUAGUCAGGUGAGUUGCCUCAUCUACUAGGUCCUCUAUAUCACAUCACAGUAGAGAUUACAGUUCCGUUCACACACAACAACCAGCCGGUCCAAUCAGGGAAUAUAAAAUUGAUCCAUACAUGUUAUUAGAAGAUGAGCUCAAAUAUAUUUUCGAGGACAUUCGACAGGAAUUACAUGAAGGCACAAAUCAAAAGGAACUUAUACAAAUUGCCGAAUAUUACUUUGGUGGAAAUGGCAAAGCACUCCGUCCUAUGGUGACACUAUUGAUGGGAAAAGCAAUAAAUUAUCACAUACACAGAGAAAACAGUCCGCGCACUGUUGAUGCUCAAAGAAAAAUUGCCAUGAUAGCAGAAAUGAUUCACUCAGCAAGUUUAAUUCACGACGAUGUCAUCGAUCAAUCAUUCUCUAGAAGAGGAAAGCCAAGUGUAAAUGUUCUAUGGAAUCAUAAAAAAGUAACACAAGCUGGCGAUUAUGUGCUUGCAAUAGCUUCAAUUAUGCUUUCACGUCUGAAACACGACGAAGUUACAUUAAUGCUCAGUGCGGUCUUGAAUGAUUUAGUACAAGGGGAAUUCAUGCAACUGGGUGCAAAGGAGACAGAAAAUGAACGCUUUUCGCACUAUUUCACAAAGACCUUCCGAAAAACAGCAUCACUGAUUGCAAAUGCAUGCAAGGGUUCUGCCACAAUCGCCGGAGCUGAUCCACAGAUUGUCGAGACUGCAUUCCAGUACGGUAAAAAUCUCGGUUUGGCCUUCCAGUUUGUUGAUGAUCUUUUGGAUUUUGUGUCAUCGUCCGAGACUAUGGGUAAACCAACAGCAGCAGAUUUAAAACUCGGUCUUGCUACUGCACCUGUUCUUUUUGCCUGCGAAAAGUAUCCCGAGUUAAAUCCCAUGAUAAUGAGACGUUUUAAAGAGCCUGGUGAUGUUGAGAAGGCAUUUGAGCUUGUACAUAAAUCACAGGGACUGGAACAGACACGCUUUUUGGCCCGUAAACAUUGCCUCGAAGCCAUUAAAUUAGCAAACAAGUUAGCUGAAUCACCAUACCAAAAGGGCCUUGUCGACAUUAUGGAUUUGGUACUGAAUCGAAUGAAAUAA